CGUUUCCAUAUCAAGUUUUCAUUCCUUUGUUAAAUGAAGAGCAUGGCCAGCUUGAGUGAAGAUGUGAACUUUCUUCCCAUUAUUUAUGACAUUAUUAAAAGCAUUGACAAAGACUCCCAUGAUGUUGGCACCAAAGUGAAUGAAUUCAAAGUGAAGCUGCAGAAAGCAAAGGACCAGACUGAAAAGCUCCCAGGGAUAGAGUAUAGCAAGGAGGAUCAACUAAAACAGCUAGACAUUCUGAGAAAACAAUUGAUUCAAAAGACGGAAUUACUUCAGAAAUACAAAAAUCUGUGUAACUUUGAUAUCCCAAAAUAGCAAAUACUCUUGUAUUUUUCACUUUGAAUUGUUCAGCGAAGAAUUAAGCUCAAGAUGUCCAAUGGCACAUCAGAGGAGGAAUUCCAUCCUAU